AUGCUCGUCUCGCCUAUACGCGUACACAACCUCCUGGCGGGCCUGCUCGACGACGACGGGCCGCACACAGCGCUCCUCAUUACACCGCCAGGGAUGCUCAUUUCCCAGGCAACGCUCGAUGAGGAGGGCAGUGAACCGAACGGCGCCACAACUGAGCCCUCGGUCGAAGGGGAGGACGCGGAGGACGGGUCAGAGGAGGAGGAGAGGGACGACUCGGGGAGCGAGGAUGAUGAUGAUGAUGACGAUGAGCCGUACCUUGAGGGUCCGGAGCGGUUGCGGUUGCUCCUAGGACUUGCGAGCCAGUGGGAGGACGACGAGAGCCCUCGUGUCGAGUGUGAACUCGGACGCCUGUUCCUCCGGCCCAUCGUCCUCGACGAACCCGAGGUGCCGCAGCCCAACGCCGCAAUCCCGGCUGUCCGCCCCCCGCACAUCUCGAACUUUGUGCUCGUGCUGAACGGGACCGCGCACACGCCGUGGGCGACACUGGCAGCGAAGGCUGACGAGUUCCUCUCGCAGUGGUAG